GAAGAGACAAAACUCGUAUCGUUUUUUCAAGAAAAAACAGAAAAGUCCAACUCAGUAGACAUAAUCUCCAUUACAACUGACUAAUUUUAUAUGUUCUCUUUAUGAGUGUGUAGGACCCUUUUCUUGUGAAAGUCAGCCAUCCAUACGGACUUAUUUCAGCGGUGGACAGAAAUGGAGACCCAUGUGUGUUGUCAAGUGAAAGAUGUCUCGUCUGAAAAUGAAGAUCCUGGAGCUGCACCUUAUGGGAACUUUAUGAACUAUUACACGUUUAACCCACCAGAAAACCGUCUGAGCCUAAUACCCCCUAACCUGCUCCAGGAUCUCGGAUAUAGUGCCAGUGAAACAGUUGUGAUAUUGGACGUAGGAUGCAACUCAGGAGACUUAAGUGUGGCGUUAUAUAAGCAUCUUCAGCAGGAGAGCCCAUCAGCAGGGCCUGGAACAGAGGGAAGGCUUCGCCUGCUUGGCUUUGACCUGGAUGAGACGCUGAUAGAGCGGGCUCAGAGCACCAACCCUUUCCCUGGAAACAUCUCCUUCAUUCCCCUGGACAUCACGCAGGACGAGGCCAGCCGCACUCAGCUGGACGCCUACCUGCGGACAUUCGGCCGCCGCACAUUCCACCUGAUCGCGUGUCUGGCGGUUACCAUGUGGGUGCACCUCAACCAUGGAGACGCGGGGCUGCUGGGAUUUCUAUCACGUCUGGCCGCGGUCAGCGACCACCUGCUGCUGGAGGCGCAGCCGUGGAAGUGCUACCGCUCCGCCGCCCGCAGACUGCGUAAGCUGGGCCGUGCCGACUUCGAGCACUUCAAGACGUUGGAGAUCCGCGGCGACAUGGCGGAGAACGCACGGGAACACCUGGAGAGGAACUGUGGCAUGGAGCUGGUGCAGAGCUUUGGGAGCACUAGCUGGGAUCGAAAGCUGCUUCUCUUCAGAAAACGCACAGAGGGAAAACAAGAGCUUAUGACAGGACAAGAAGAAUGUCUCAGCGAAGACAUCAUUAUUAGCUCAUUAACAGAUUUAACAAUUUAGAUAUAUUUACAGUGCAUACAUAUGUUUUUUUACAUGACCUAUGGAAUUGGUUUAGCUCCAUUUAGUAAAAAUGUAAUUUAACAAACUAACCACAAGGUGGCAGUAUGAUGUAAGUAUCAACAGCCAUAUACGGCUCUGGGGUGUGUUUCCCAAAACCAUAGUUGCUAACCUGUUAGGAACUUGGUUGGAAAUGGGAAUUUGCAUUGCAACCAACAAAGUUGCUAACUUAAUUAGCAACUAUGGUUUUGGGAAACACACCCCUGCAGAGCCUCUGUCAAUAUGAAGAACCAUAAAUAAAGGUGUCCUUUAUACAGUG